CAUGUGUUCAGCGCUCAAAGUCCGAAAGGGUAAGAGGUUUUUUACCAGUCCAGUAGUACUCCAUAAUUUUUAACCUAAAACCUAAGAGGCUUAGCUGUCUAAGACAUGGUAGAUCGAUUCAAGAUGUGAAGCAGACAUGAACUAUUGAUUCUAUUCUCUAGAAUUUACAGCAGGUCUCUAGCUCAACUCGUCCAAUCGGUAUUUUACUAAUUUUAAUUCUUUUUUACUUCUCGAUGUAAAAUUGAAGAUGGGAAUGAGAGAAACUUGCAGUUAGAAGGUUGGAUAAUAGCGAGCCGCCGUUGCUCUCCAAGAAAAGUAGGACUCCACUCAGCGACCUUAGGCGAUUGGGUCCGUGCGUGACCGUCGGGAUUGCAUUUUGUUGUCAAACGGAAGGGUAGAGGAAAAUGGACGAAGAGGAUUUGCCAAGGGAUGCCAAGGUGGUGAAGACCCUGCUGAAAUCAAUGGGUGUUGAUGAGUAUGAACCUCGUGUGGUGCACCAGUUCCUGGAGCUUAUGUAUAGGCACUCGGUUGACGUUCUGACAGAUGCACAGGUGUACUCGGAGCAUGCCGCCAAGGCUGUGAUUGACUCUGACGAUAUCAAGCUUGCUAUUCAAUCUAAAGUCAAUUUUAGCUUCUCACCUCCUCCUCCCCGAGAGGUCCUGUUAGAGUUGGCUCGAAGCAGGAACAAGAUCCCUCUGCCAAAAUCAAUUUCAAGAAAUGCAAUCCCGCUCCCUCCUGAACAAGAUACUCUCAUCAGCCCCAACUACCAACUUGCUAUCCCUAAGAAGCGAACCUCUCAUCCGGUGGAAGAAACCGAGGACGGUGAUGAAGGUUCUGAUCCUAACCCCACACCUAACCAAAACCCUAAUCUCUCCCAAGACCGGACAGAUGUUUCGCAAGAGACUUCUCAGAGAGUAUCUUUCCCUCUUGGAGUUAAACGCCAAAGAUGACAUGCUAUAGUUUACUCUGAACAAGUUUGAUCUUAUGUAUUGUUAUCAUGUUUAUUUACUGUCAAAACACAGAUUUAUUUUCAUGCUCUUUCUCUAAUACAAAUGUCUCUGAACAUGUGUAAACAGUGAAACACAGGUUCUUAAUAUGGUCUCAUGUCUGCUUAUGUAUAUCCACUUGUGCUAUAUUUGUUAGCUGUGUAGUGACUCAUUUAUACAUGGUGGCAAUUU